AUGGCGGAUGGUGCCGAAGAGACGAGCACAGCCAUCGUUAUCAAGAGGGCUGGUGCCAACAACCUCGAAGGUGGUGCAGCGACUGACGAGGACAAAGAACCCGCUACGAUUACAAGAAUGCUAACACUAAUGGAAGGCUUAGAAGGGUCGCUUAAGAGCCGCAUGGAGUCGCAGGCAAAGGCGGGCGAAGGGUCCGAGGGCGGCGACAGGCGUUCGCGCAACAUCGAUCGCCCGAUGACACCCCCUACGAUCUCCAGUUUGUUGCGUCCGACUUGGAAUAAGGCGAAAGGAUGCAUCUCGACUCUUUGGUUGCAGCCGGGAUAUGGGUUACAGGUGUCCGAACUGCCGCGGGUGUAUGCGGCAGUGCAAGCAGUGGAAGACGUCAAGGUGGACUACUUGGGACAUUAUCUGUCCGGCUCUGCAGAGCGAUAG